AUGAUUGAAGACAGCACUGUACCCGAACCUGACAUGCAAGCCGGCAUAGAUUACUGGGCCAGCCAGCCAGCCAAUUAUGAUGGCGUUCUCGGCGGAUUUGGUGAAGGUUCCCUGCCAAGGAUCGACGCUCUCGGGUCGCGCCAGUUCUUGCUGUACCUCAUGCCUGAGCUCUCCAUAGUACCAUCCGCAAUUCGUACGCUGGCGGAACCAGAGGAACUAUCUCACAGACCACGAGCACUGGACGUCGGCGCAGGGGUUGGCCGUGUAACGGCAGACGUACUCCUACACCUGGUAUCCGACGUGGUCCUAGUCGAGCCCGUAGAAAGCCUUGUCAAAGAGGCCCUCUCUCGAGGGCGCGCAAGCGAAGUCAUAAUUGGCAAGGCCGACGCCACAUUUGUUCCAUGGAAAGGCAUCUCAGCCAAGACGAAGAGCGUUUCUUUCAUCCAGGAUACCCUGCAGGGGAUCGAACCUUCUCGCCCGUCAAGGUCCCCGACGUUCCUUGACCGCGUUGGAUACAUCCCGGAUCACAGCGACCUCGACGAUCCGUUCGAUAUCAUCUGGUGCCAGUGGUGUCUUGGCUCUCUGAGCGACGCGGAUCUGGUAGCCUUUCUGCGAAGAAGCCGAAGUUCCCUGCGGGAUCCCAACAAGAGCCUCAUCAUUGUGAAGGAGAACUGCUGCGCUGAUGAUGACGAGGAACCACGGAGCGUAUUCGACGAGACUGACUCGAGCAUAACGAGGUCUGAUCUCGCAUGGAAGAAGGCUUUCAAGGAUGCGCGACUGACACUAGUGCAUGAACAAGUGCAGCGAGGCUUCCCUGAGGGUCUCUACACUGUGAAAAUGUGA